UACAUUCCUUUCCAACACACACUAGAAACCUCGACAUUAGAUCGAAGGUAUAACGACCGAGCUUUCCUGUAGUGAUCAGCUGCAGAAUGGCUCAGCUUGCAACUGCUCAGUUCCUGCAGCAUCUGCGAUCUUUAUAUCCGCACCAAUCUGGAAGUCCAGAUACCCCUAGCGCUAUCGUUGGUCAGCCAUGGUAUCUGAUUGCUGCUGUAGCAUUCAGUGCCAGCAACAAGCCGGAUGCUACAGCUGUAGUCUUCCAGUACGUCCUGAAUGACCUGGAAAAGGUGGAAUUUGCUGCGGAGAAGGAUCGACACGCGGCGAGACUUGCAGUAGCUAGAAGAAUAAGGGAGGCAGUUUUACAAUCUGGUCUACUCAGCGGGUACGCACGAGCCAUAAACAGCUUGGUAGCUUUGCACGGCGUGACUCCGCCGGAGCUGCGAGAGCAGACGACUAUUCGAAAUACAAAUCAGCACAUCACUGACUAUGCAGAGAAUGGUAAGCGUCUCUUCAAAGCAAUGUACGGCGAUACCGCAGAACAUGUGCAAACUCUGUUGGACGAAAUCUAUCCAGAUAUGGGUGAGCAACUGAGCAAUAUCUCCUUCAGCCUGAACUUUGGAGCCGAUCACGAGAAUACAGGGUGGUUCUCAAAUACCGUUGGUUAUGGUAUAACGUACAGGGGAACAAACGUACUGUCCCAAGUUGAGACCUCCUACGUGAUCGCCACUGCAAACAUUUGCAUGGAUACUCCUCGUCAAAUUGCCUGGCACCUAGCGAACGCUAGGCACGGAGGCGCCACGGUGGAACAAGCAAAAGCAGUCAGAGAGAUAGCAAUGGAAGUUGCGUCCGCGGCCGGUAUACAGUGGACUGAAGCGGUUCCUGAGGUAUGAUUUGGGGGAUUUUGGAGACAUCUAAAGGAGGUUCGGGUGUUUGUACGCAGAGACCAGUUAAAGAAUACCACAAGUGUAGCCGUAGUACCUGUUGCACCCGUACAUGGAAGAUUAAUGAGACCCAAUAGUCAG